GUGCGGAACGCGAGUGCGAAGAGAGCGGAGUGGACAACAGCCUGUAGUGAGAACGGAAUGGAUAACAGCCCGUAGUGAGAACGGCAAGGAGCGCAGGGAAACGGAGAAAGGAGAAAGGCCCACCAAACCCAAACGAGAAAAUAAAUCAAAUAAAUACACAGAAGCAGUGUGUCUAGUGUAGUGCAAUCCCUGGUUUCCCAAGUAUUUUCCAACUAUGUCCGUGGGCCGUGCGCUUCGAGACCGCAGGAUGAGGGCAUAGAGCGCCAUGUUGUCCAAUGUAGCCCCAACUUAGUGAGUAGCUCAAGGCCCAGGGCGAAGCAUUUCGAGGAUGCUUUGGGUUCCUAACCGUUCCUAACCAUUUCUGGUUGAACCAUUUUCAAGUGGGAGUCCGCGGGAUUGAGACCUGAUCCCCACCUCCUACUCACCCCCCCUGGAGGUUGGAGCGUCGUCUUGUUGUGUAUGAGUGUCGAGGUGCCUGGGACGCGGGGCACGGAUAACUGUACAAAUCGUGGGCAAGGACAACGAAAAACAAACAGUUAUAUUAUUUAAAGAUUUAAUUUAGUUCUUUCUGUGAGACAAUGACUUAUAUACCUAAAAAAAUGCAACACUAUGCGCAUGCAGCCAUGAAUCUAAUCAACAUGGACUCGGAGAACCGGGUGGUGCUCAAUGUGGGCGGCAUCAGGCACGAGACCUACAAGGCCACACUGAAAAAGAUUCCGGCAACGCGACUAUCCCGCCUCACCGAGGCCCUGGCCAACUAUGAUCCGAUAUUGAAUGAGUACUUCUUUGACCGGCAUCCGGGCGUCUUUGCACAAGUGCUCAACUAUUACAGAACUGGCAAGCUGCACUAUCCAACGGAUGUGUGCGGACCGCUGUUUGAGGAGGAAUUGGAAUUUUGGGGCCUAGACUCGAACCAGGUGGAGCCCUGCUGUUGGAUGACCUAUACGCAGCAUCGCGACACUCAGGAAACCCUGGCCGUACUGGAUCGCCUGGAUCUGGAUACGGAAAAACCGUCCGAAGAGGAGUUGGCUAGGAAAUUUGGCUUCGAGGAGGACUACUACAAAGGCACCAUAUCCUGGUGGCAGGAGAUGAAGCCGCGCAUUUGGUCCUUGUUCGAUGAGCCCUACAGUUCCAAUGCCGCCAAGACCAUUGGCGUGGUUUCGGUAUUCUUCAUCUGCAUUUCGAUCCUGUCGUUCUGUUUGAAGACCCAUCCCGACAUGCGGGUGCCCAUCGUCAAGAAUGUGACGGUGCGAACGGCGAAUGGCAGUGCUGCCUGGUUUUUGGACAAAACACAGACCAAUGCCCACAUAGCCUUCUUUUAUAUAGAAUGCGUGUGCAAUGCCUGGUUUACCUUUGAGAUACUGGUGCGCUUUAUCUCAUCGCCAAACAAGUGGGAGUUCAUCAAGUCAUCUGUUAACAUCAUAGACUACAUAGCGACGCUUAGUUUUUAUAUCGAUCUAGUGCUUCAGCGGUUCGCAUCGCAUUUGGAGAACGCUGACAUCCUCGAGUUCUUCUCGAUCAUCCGCAUCAUGCGUCUGUUCAAGCUGACGCGCCACUCGUCCGGCCUGAAGAUCCUCAUCCAGACGUUCCGCGCCUCGGCCAAGGAGCUAACCCUGCUGGUCUUCUUCCUCGUCCUGGGCAUCGUGAUCUUUGCCAGUUUGGUCUACUAUGCGGAACGCAUCCAGCCGAAUCCGCACAAUGACUUCAACAGCAUACCGCUAGGCCUGUGGUGGGCUUUGGUCACCAUGACCACCGUCGGCUAUGGCGACAUGGCGCCCAAAACCUACAUCGGCAUGUUUGUGGGCGCCCUAUGCGCCCUGGCCGGUGUAUUAACCAUUGCACUGCCAGUGCCCGUCAUCGUCAGCAACUUUGCCAUGUACUACUCGCACACGCAGGCCAGGGCCAAACUGCCAAAGAAGCGGAGACGAGUGCUUCCCGUCGAGCAGCCGCGGCCGCCACGACUGCCAGGUGCCCCUGGCGGCGGCGGGGUCAGUGGCUGUGGCACACCGGGCUCUGGCCCUCACUCCGGUCCCAUGGGCUCCGGCGGAACUGGACCACGUCGCAUGAACAAUAAAACCAAGGACCUGGUCAGCCCCAAGUCUGUUGCUCAACUUUUCGCAGGUCCUUUGGGCGCUAGCAUUGUGGCCAUGAGUCCCAGGACAAUGCUGGAUCUCAAUCCAGCCUUGGCAAUGGGCAAGCCAGCGUUCCAGCCGCGUAUACCCACGCCACUGGCCGCCACACCGCCACCGCAUCAGGCAGGAGGAGAAACGGGAGGAGGAGGAGGAGGAGUAGGAGUAGGAGUUGCAGGAGCCGCCGCUCCUCCUCCUCCGAUACCCAGCAUUGCCGUCUCCACCACGGCCAGUGUGGGCAAGGACUCGGGCGUUUCUACAACCACCACAACGGCGACCACGAACAGCGGCCUGGAGACCAGCAAGAAGGCCUUCCUCUAAUCUCAGCAAGAAGGAGUGAAAGCGGGCAGCCAAGACUCAAAGCCACCUGAUAUCUAUACCCUAUAUUAUCCCCCAUAAUCAUCACCCGGAAAUAAGCAAUAUCUCGAUUCGAUAUCAUAUAGCCUUCGCAUACGUAUAAGGAGUACUUCAGAGAUGGCAUAAGGAUCCAAAACUGAUACCUAUCAUUGAUCGGAGAUCGUCCUUGUUUUGUUUGGUUCUCUAUUGAAAUGAAUAUCAUAUAUUCGCCCAGGAAAAGGUAAAGGUAUCAAUUUGUUUCAAGCUGGCAGAAAUAUAACAAAGUGGAAGAAAUAGAUAUGAUAUAUUCAACUUUUAAUGUCUUUAGAUACAGCCACUUAAUGACUUGAUUUACUGGCUCUUCAAAGGUUGUUUCUUUUCUACUUAUAAAAUGUAUAACUAAGGCUUUUAAGGUUAUUAUUAAUUAAUUUAUAAGUUCAACUAAACUGUAUGUCAUAUCAGCGAGAAGCAAUAUCAAGGGAGAAACCUAUGUUUUCAAUUACAUUUCAUAGCUAAUUUUUGUGACAUCAUAUCAGUAUAUAUUUCAUACAAUUCCCCCUUUAGAGGAUCCAGGGCCAUCUCUGAUCAUAACUUUGUGUUGACCAUAUCACACACGAUCGAAACCUAUCAAUAUCGAACGCC